AUGGUGGUGCGCUCCAGGGACGGCUCCGUGCUGUCAUACCCCGUGGUGGAGACGAUACACAAGGACAACAUCUGCUACGUGACGGAGGCGCCCGCCGACGUGCCGGCCGGCGUGGCGGCCGCGGCCAGGGCGGCGGCGGAGAAGGCCAUCGCCUGCCUCGAGGGCGCCGGAAUCUUUGGAGUCGAGAUGUUCCUGCUGCCAGACGGGUCCCUGCUGCUGAACGAGGUCGCGCCGCGGCCCCACAACAGCGGCCACUACACCCAGGACGGCUGUGUCACCUCCCAGUUCGAGAACCACAUCCGCGCCGUCCUCGGCUGGCCGCUCGGCGACCCGUCGCUCAACUGCGGCGCGAGCGUGAUGCUCAACAUACUGGGGGAGGCCGAGGGCGACGAGGGCGUCGCGAUUGCGCACGCGCUCAUGGCGCGCGCAUAUGCGACGCGCGGCGCCAAGGUUCAUUGGUACGGCAAGCCCGGCAUGCGGCCCGCGCGCAAGGCGGCUGCGGAGGUGCUGGAGGAAUUUGGCAUCCCCUUGGAAAUCAGCGUGGUUUCGGCGCACCGCACCCCCGAGCGAAUGGUCGAGUACGCGCGCUCCGCCCACACCCGCGGCCUCAAGGCCAUUGUCGCGGGCGCCGGCGGCGCGGCGCACCUGCCUGGCAUGGUCGCGGCGAUGACGCCGCUGCCUGUCAUCGGGGUUCCGGUCAAGCCCGCGGGCGCCCACCUGGACGGCCUCGACGCGCUGCUGUCGAUAGUGCAGAUGCCAAAGGGGGUGCCGGUCGCGACCGUGGCCAUUGGCAACGCGGCCAACGCGGGGCUGCUGGCGGCGCGCAUCAUCGCGGCGGGGGACCCUGAGCUGCAGCGGCGGAUGGUUGCAUACCAAGAGGGCAUGAGGGACACGGUGCUGGCGAAGGCCGCGCGGCUGGAGGAGAAGGGCUGGCGCGGCUACGGCAAGAGCUAA